GCAUUUGAUUAAGUAGAUUUCUCAUUAAAAUGUUUCAUAUAUUUCGUUGUAAUUUUUGCAGGUUAUACCAAGAAAAUGUAUAUAAUAUACUAUAUUUAUAUUUUCAUAAUUAUCUUUAUUACAAUUCUUACAAGGAUUUGUUUUAUGAUAUUUUCUACAUUUAAGACAGAACGAGUACAAGCUGCUUUCAUGAAACGUGUAAAAACAGUAAUAAUAUUAGGGUCUGGUGGACACACUGCUGAAAUGAUAAGAAUCCUUAAUCAUUUAAACUUAAAAAAUUAUUCACCACGAAUAUAUGUACACGCUGAUACAGAUGUGAUGAGUGUAGAGAAAGUAAAGGAAUUAGAAAAAGACAAUAACGAUUAUAAAAUAAUAAAAAUUCGUAGAAGUAGAGAAAUUCAUCAGUCAUAUUAUACAUCUGUUUGUACUACAAUCUAUGCAAUAUUGGAAUCCAUACCACUUUUAUGGACAGAACGUCCACAAUUACUUUUAUGUAAUGGUCCAGGCACUUGUGUCCCAUUAUGUAUCAUUACAUUCCUGUUUAAAGUGUUUUAUAUUACACAAACUACUAUAGUAUUUAUUGAAAGCUUUUGCAGAGUGCAAACAUUAUCUUUAAGUGGAAAAAUUUUAUAUUACAUAGCUGAUUAUUUAAUUGUACAAUGGCCAUUAUUAAGUAAACCUAUGUAUAAAAAGGCAAUUUAUAUAUGAGUAAAGUAAUUUUAACACAAUAUUUAUUUUUUUU